AUGGAUGAUCCGCUACAUUUGAACCUCCAAGAAGUGGACACGCUCGAAGCCACCGUGAUCAUCGACAAUGAGCUCGAUCCUAUGUCACCGGCAGCCCCCGAUACGGUCCGGAUAGCGGGGCAAAUGGGCAACCUUAUUUUCAAGCCCGGCAAUGAGAUCACGGAUCGUGGUGAUGCGACUAGAGAGUUGCGAAUGGGGGAUAUUUGUUGUGCUGCACAUGGCUUGUCUAUUCUGGUGACAGCAACCAAGGGUGAUAAGACACACUCUGUUCUCUUCGAUGUCGGUCCUGAGGAAGAUAUUUGGGAACGCAACGUGAAACGAUUACGUCCGGAUCUUGCUUCCGUGGAGGUCAUCCAACUGUCGCAUUGGCACCGGGACCACUCAGGUGGUCUUCUGCGAGCCAUUCGUAUGAUUAAAGACGCCAAAAAGGCUCAAGGCCGUUCAGAUGAUCUUAUUGUUGACCUGCAUUCCGAUCGACCCGCUUAUAGGGGCAUGGUUGCUGCUCAAACUAUAGUCUCCCUCGAGGCAGAUCCUACCUUUGAGGAAAUAUCCGGUGCGGGUGCCGUGAUAGAGAAGAGUAGUGAAGCACACACUAUUCUCGAUGACAUGUUCCUCGUCUCAGGCGAGAUCCCACGAGUAACGCCCUAUGAGACCGGUCUGAAAGGCGCAGUUCAGUUUGAUCCCGAGACAAAAGAUUGGUACUCCGAUGAGCAAAUUACUGACGAGCGUUUUCUUGCGGUCAAUCUCAAAGGAAAGGGCCUUGUCGUGUUCACUGGAUGCAGCCACGGUGGCGUAGUCAAUGCCUCAAAGCAUGCAAUUGAACUUGUCCCCAAGAACACCCUUCUCCACGCCGUCGUAGGCGGUUUCCAUCUCGCUACUAGUGAGGAGCCUCAGGUACAGAAGACUGUCGCAGAUCUCAAGCGACUUGAUCCCGCUGUCUUGAUGCCAGGUCAUUGCUCCGGCUGGCGAUCCAAAUUUGCCAUUGAGAAGGCCAUGCCAGGGACUCUGGUGCCAUGCACUGUUGGUAUCAGUAUCACUUUCUAG